CAUAAUAGAAAACCCUUCAUCAUUCCUAUCUUAUGAAUGUGUCAGCUAAGAAACCCUCAAGAACCUUCCUCACUCUUUCUUCCACAUUUCAUUCUCUUACUUAAACCUCUCUUUCUCUCCCUCCAUAAUUAUUCUUCAUUUUCCUUUCUUCUUUUUCCUCACACCUCUCUUUUACUCACUCACCCUCUCCCUCUCUCUUUCACAAAUGGAUAAAAACGAUGAUCCCACCAUACCCAACUUCAACAAUGAAAGUCCCAACAUUCCCAACAACUUCGAUUCAAAAAGCUACAACCUCAGUGGCAAAAUCAUGCUCUGCGCCAUAGUUCUUCUCUUCUUCGUCAUCGUUCUAAUGCUAUGUCUCCAUCUCUACGCUCGCUGGUACCUUGUCCAGUCUCGCCGCCGCCGCAACCGUCUCCGUCGCCGCAGUCAGCUAGUUUUCUUCACCGACAAUCCAACAACGACCAUCUCCGUCACCACAUCCCGCGGCCUCGACGGCUCUGUCAUCGCGAAACUACCCUUAUUCUUAUACGAUCCGGAGACUCACCCUCACCCGGAAAACGCCAUGGAAUGUGCGGUUUGUUUGUCGGAGUUUGAACCCGGUGAAACGGGUCGGGUUUUACCGAAAUGUAACCAUAGUUUUCACACGGAAUGUAUUGACAUGUGGUUUCAUUCUCACUCCACGUGUCCACUUUGUCGCGCACCGGUUGAGACAACAUUCGAACCGCAACCCGAGGUUGUUAUAACGGUUAGUGAAGCAGAAUCCGGUUCGGGUUCUGGUUCGAGUCACGGUUCGGUUUUGGAAGACGAGAAUUUGAACCGGACCGGGAAAGAGAUUUGUUCGAGUUCGGUUGGGUUAAGAAGAAAACCGUCUUUUACGGGAGUGACUAUUGAGGUGCCUACGAGGAAUGAAGAGUCGUGUGACUCGCCGUCGUCGUUUCGGUCGCCGAUGAGUCGCAUGUUGUCGUUUAAGAGGAUGCUUAGUAGGGAAUGGAAAGGGAGCGUUGUUUCUCCGUCGUCUUGUGGUGGUGGUGGUGGUUGUAGCUCGGUGGGUGAGGUGAACUCGAAGGUGGAACACGGUGGACAAGGUGAGACUCAGUGAGUUGAGUUGAGUUGACUCGAGGGUGCUGACGUGGCGCAUUUUUUUGAAAACAAGAAACGUGUUUAAAGCGGUGGGUGGCGCGUGAGUGUGAAUAUGAGAAGUAGUUGAAAUUUCAAAGAAUGUAUGUUGUAUGUAACAGUCAACGUAGAUAUUAGAAAAUUAGUUCAUUUAAUAUUUGUUUAUUGUUUAUGUUUCAAUUUUCAAAGAUGGAAUAAUGGGACAACACGAGAAAAUGAA